AAAACUAUAAAUAGUUGGAUAGCAAAAUCAACAAAAGCAACGGGAGUGGGAGGAGAAAUCCUCUUUGUAGCGAGAGAGAACAGAAGAAGCACCGUUCAAACCAGCCCCAAUCAAAUCAGAACCCAAAAACCCACCUCUCCUCUCCUCUCCUCUUUCAAAGAUUCUGUUCCCUCAAAAGAGAUCAAAAGGAGAGGUCCCAUUUUGAUGCCUGAUUUCCUUCAUCUCUUGAAGGGGUUUGUUUUCAGUCUUGUAGAAAUUUAUAUUUUCUUCGCUUUGAUUUUGAGGAAAUGGUGAUUUUGUGGUGAAAUUAGGGUUUUGUGAUCUUUGUGAUCCUGUUUGCCGGUUGUUCUGUUUCUUUUGAGCUCACCCCACUUGAUGAAUUAGAUGGAUUUAGUAUUCACGAUUGUUGGGCUCUGCAUGAAUUAGGUCUUGUAUGGAGGCUAUAAGGGGAACAAGGAGUUUGCUGAAGUGCCCUUGUUUGCUAUUGGGCUUUGCUUGAGAGUUUACAGUUCUAUUGGUUGUUUCAUCAUCUUGAGUUGGUAGAUUACUCAAAUAUCUAUCAUCCACUUGUCAGUAAGUUAAAAUCUCCAAAAGUCGGCAGUUCGGUCGGAGAAGAUCGUCUUUCGGUGACCUCCCUGAAACUGUUUGGUUAAUUCUUCACAAGGUUGAUAACUUUGCUUAGGGGGAUAAGUUCAGUUUCCUCUAGUAGCAGCAGAUCGGACUCUACCUGUGGUGAUAAUGGAUGAAGGAGAAGUAGACCUUUCAACCCACCUUCUCUUGCCAAAUCUGGAGACAUCAACCGCGUUCGACGAGUUCUUGAGGAACACAACAACAUGCACCCACACCCACACAUGCAAUCCUCCGGGCCCUGCGGCUACUACGCACACCCAUACAUGCUACCACACUCAUACCCAAGUACUCUCCCCGAGCCCUGAAAAGGAAAUGAGUGCAGAAGAGCAACAAGAGCUGAAGAAGACCCGGAAGCCAUUAGGGAAUCGAGAAGCCGUCCGCAAGUAUAGGGAGAAGAAGAAGGCCCAUGCGGCUUACUUGGAGGAGGAAGUCAAGAAACUGCGCCUCGUGAAUCAACAGCUAUUGAAAAGAUUGCAGGGGCAAGCCGCGUUGGAGGCCGAGGUGGUUAGGUUGAGGAGCCUUUUGGUAGAUUUUCGGGCCAAGAUUGACGGUGAAUUGGGUUCUUUCCCUUUUCAAAAAGAAUGUGGUGCUUCUUCUGUUUCAAGGUGUAAUAACGGUGCUGCACAAUGCUUCCUGGGCGAGGGAGAAGUCGUGGGUUGGGAAGGAAGCUGUGGACCAGCAGUACUUAAUUGUGGGAACAAUGAAAAUGGGGAUUUUGGACGGAAAUUGGAUAUUGGUGAAGCAGUGAACUCAAUGGAUGCCGUAGGGAGCUUGGUCUCAUCUGCUUCGCAAGCUGAGUGAAUUAGUCGGCUAAAUUUGUGAGUGUUCAGUUCUUCAAUCUCUUCUUCGCAUCUUGAAUAAUAUUUUGUCGUAGUCACCUUCUGAAACCUAUAAAAUAGUGUUAACUACACACAAUGAUCAGAAUUUUGGACAAUAGAUUAGGGGCAACCGGGCAAAGAUGAUAAACCUAUAUAUAAGCAUACAAAGCUUAUACUUUGCUGCAGGUCUCAUGUUGCUGUAGUCUUGUCCAUUCUUCUAUGGUUGAUGAACAUAAUAUUUGUAUGGCAGAGUGUAUUUUAGCUGUUUCGGAAAGAAAUUGUGUCACAGCAGUGUCACAUUUCAUGGUAUGAGUUGUGAGCUGAGCUAUGAGCAGAUCCUUUUCGAGUUUCUUUUGUAAAAAAUUGUACUUACUCUUUUGACAGUUUUCCUUGUCUUACUUCUGUUGUGUAUAAAGAUGUAUAGUACUACGACUGCAAGUAUUGAAACUUGUAUUUCACAUUUCGUCUCUCCCAAUUUGUUUUGUAUUUGAAUAAGAGCUAGUCUCUUGAAAGACUUUUUUUUGUUUUC